UUACAUUACAUUUACGUUUUCAUUUUACGCUAUAUUUUACAAAAUUCCAAAAAAGCAUCGACUACCACGUUAAAAUAGACAUUCCUCAAGUCAUUUGAGUAGACAGAGAAAUUUUCAGGAAAUUAAAAUUCAACAGUCUUGGCCAAUUUUUUUCCAAUUUUUUUAAGUUGGCAAUGGAAACAUAUCGUUUUCAUUUUUUUUCCUGUUUGUUCUCUUGCAUAAUUAACAAGCGUCAAAAUAAAACGAGAUAUGAUGCUGGUGGUCUUUUGUCCAUUGAUUGUAAACUUCUGGCAGGUCGUAACUGCUCAGGUUGUAUGGUAUUUUAAUAGCGUGCCAUCUGUACUUAACGGCUUCCAUUUACACCGUUAACAACAACCAACGCUUCGUUUCAUCGCGGUUAAUUCUUAGCGAUCAGCUUAACCACACGAUGGUCGGACCACCAGUGAUCGAAGGAUCUUUGAAAAACACGAUCCACUCGCUCGCCUUUGGCUUGAUAUGUGCCACACUUGCGGUGAACUUCGGCAAAUAUUUUGUGCCUCAUUUUUUCCCAUACAUGGUGGGAAUUUUGAUCGCCAUUGAGGUGGUUUUGUUCUCGUUCGACAGGCCAAAGGAAAAUUAUGAUAAGUACCAAGUCCUAGGCAUAAAGGGUGCGCACUCUAUUGAAGGAGCUGGCUCACCGCAGAUCAUGGUCUCCGCGCCCGGGGAAGACUCUGAAGCUUCGCCUAGGAAACAGCACAGGAUCAAAGAUAAGUUGAAGACCAAGAAAGAUCAGAAGGGACGAAGGGAAAGUGGCGUGCCCGGCUCACCCAACGUGAGACGAGAGAGUGGCGUGCCUGGCUCACCCAAAAGACAAAGUCUUGCUCCACCAUUGAGUCCGGGACAAGAAGCGAUGGAAGCCAUGGGCGACAUGGAGCAAGAGAAAGGAGGAAAAGACAAGACCGAGAAGGAGAAGAAAAAAGAGGAAGACAAAGCGAAAAAGAAAGAAAAAGGAGAAGAGAAGGAAAGACAGAAAGCUGAAAAGAAAGAGCUGAAAGAAAAGGCAAAGGAAGAGGAUGCGGAAAAAAGCGAGAAAAGCGGCUGGAGAAAACGCAAGCCCACUAAACAGGACACUAUAUAAUUAUGCCAAAAUCACCCGUGACUUGUUUAUUGUACCUGUUAUCGUUAUAGCUGGAUAUGGACAGAAAAUAUGUAGUGAAAAGAAUAGAGCCAAUUUCAAGAAGCUAAGACGAAAUGACAUGAAACUUCUUUUAGUUUCACCGUACUGAGUAACUGUUUUGUCUGAAAUACGCACAGGCUUUGUAAAACACGAACCUUAUAGUUUAGAAUUAUUAGCGACAAUAACUCAUCUUCACCUUUUGAAUUCUAGCCAUUUAUAAUGCAUGACAACGCCUUGCUUAAGUCUCCGUGCAACAAAUUAAAGAGAGAUACCUAGUAGUUGUUACUCGCAGGUUCGCUUUUAGUAAGUGAUUUAUAACAACAUAAAAAGGGUUUUGUUGCAAUACAAAUAAUUGACCAUUUUCUGGUAGGCAGAAUAUUGAUUCACGAUAUUAUGCUGUGUAAACACCUUCCAUUUUAAAAAUUAAUGUGGGUAUCUUCUAGUAGAAGGAUAACAAACUUCAUGGUCUAGCUCAGGACUACUUUGUAACUAUUAGCUAUGAUUUGACAACACGAAUGCAUGAAUGUUAAAGCCCUGUCAAAUGAGCGCAACAUGUCAACGCAACAUAUUACGACACUGCUGUACACAACAUGUUACCACAUUUGGUUAUUCUGGUGCAAUAUUUUGAAAUAUAUUGGAUGGUGCACGUGCAAUAGGGUGGAAAACGUGUGCAACAUGUUUUGUGCAUGCAAUAAUGUUGAGUUUGGCCGGGCCUUUAAUUUAACAAUGUCUUUCCCCAAAUAAUGAAUGCAAAGAACAUUAGAUGUAACUGAAACUAAUUCCUGGCAAAGUAAAUAAACAUCAAAUCGUCAAGAUAUGUCGCA